AUGGUCUUCCCUGUUGCUGCAUUCGCCUUCUCCUCGGUUACCUCGCUGAUCGGGGCAUGCGGCAGCUGGGGCUACCUGAAGCUGAAGGCCCUUGAUGACCAGAUCGAUCGCAUCAGCACGAGCACGCACAUGCUCGAGCUCUCCGUGGAUUCAGCCAAGAAGGGGUCCAUGUGGUCUGAACUGCUGAAGCCUUUGGCAAUGGAGUGUGGGCCGCCCCUCAAGGUAAUCAGCUACAGCCUCUGUGCUGCCAGCGCUGCCUUUGUCCUCGUCGGCAUUGGAGCAUGGAUGGAGCUGCGGAGCUUCCGCAUCGAGAUCCAUCGGCUGCGCGAGGAGAACGAUGCCCUGAGGAGGCAGCUGAAGGCGGGGAAAGAGGAGAGCGUGUGA